CUGGCAGGUUACAUUUUAUUCUUAUGCCUUCAGUGUUCCGUUAAAAAUGAGAAAUGGUGCUUUGAAACCUUAAAUUAUGGUGAUGUCCCUUGUUCGCAAGUUUACAUCAAAAUUUUAUUUACAAAAAGUUUAUGACAACCACUUCAGAAGUACAUUAACUCGGCUGCUAAACAUGAGAGUACGUUUGGUACCAGCAUUGGAAGAUAAUUACAUGUACCUGCUCAUAGAUGAGUCAACUCAGACAUGUGCUGCAGUAGAUCCUGUUGAACCUGAAAAGCUGCUCAAAGCUGUAGAGGAAGAGCAGGUGACCUUGAGCUGCGUUCUGACGACCCAUCAUCACUGGGACCACGCUGGCGGUAAUGUGGAGCUUAUCAAGAAGACUGGGCCACUGCCUGUGUACGGCGGUGACGACCGCAUAGGGGCCCUCACUGAGAAAGUGGGGCACAACAGGCAACUGACACUAGGUAACUUGAACAUCCGGUGUCUGUUCACACCUUGCCACACUACUGGCCACAUUUGCUACUAUGUGACAGGGGAAGGAGAAGAACCAGCUGUAUUCACAGGGGAUACAUUGUUCAGUGCUGGUUGUGGACGGUUCUUUGAGGGAACUCCCCCAGAGAUGUACAAGGCUUUGAUUGAAAUCCUGGGGAAUCUACCAGCAAAAACUAGGGUGUUCUGUGGACAUGAAUACACAAUACAGAACUUGAAAUAUGCUGAGCAUGUUGAGCCAGAGAAUGCUUAUAUCCGUAACAAAAUGGAAUGGGCAAAGAAACUAAGAGAAUCCAAUGUUCCUACGAUACCAUCAACUAUUGAGGAAGAGAAGAAAAUUAACCCAUUUAUGAGGGUCCAAGAAGGCAGCGUGCAUCAACAUGUGGGUGGGGCAACAGAUCCGAUUGAAGUUAUGAGGCUAUUACGACUAGAAAAGGACACUUUCAAAGCAAAGUGACAAGGUUUCUUUACUGUGCAACCUUGCGAAAAAAAUUGAUAUGUGCAAAUGAAGAGAUAUUUGGUGAUCGUUACUCUUGCUUUUUGUGUGAAAAAAUGUUAAUUAACCUUCUCUUUCCUUAAAUGUAUACUUUUUCAUAUUUAUGCCCCCCUUCGAAGAAGAGGGGGUAUAUUGCUUUGCUCAUGUCGGUCUGUCGGUCGGUCGGUCCACCAGGUGGUUUCCGGAUGAUAACUCAAGAACGCUUGGGCCUAGGAUCAUGAAACUUCAUAGGAACAUUGAUCAUGACUCGCAGAUGACCCCUAUUGAUUUUGAGGUUACUAGGUCAAAGGUCAAGGUCACGGUGACCCGAAAUAGUAAAAUGGUUUCCAGAUGAUAACUCAAGAACGCUUAUGCCUAGAAUCAUGAAACUUGAUAGGUAGAUUGAUAAUGACUGACAGAUGACCCCUAUUGAUUUUCAGGUCACUAGGUCAAAGGUCAAGGUCACGGUGACCCGAAAUAGUAAAAUGGUUUCCGGAUGAUAACUCAAGAACGCUUAUGCCUAGGAUCAUGAAACUUGAUAGGUAGAUUGAUAAUGACUCGCAGAUGACCCCUAUUGAUUUUCAGGUCACUAGGUCAAAGGUCAAGGUCACGGUGACCCGAAAUAGUAACAUGGUUUCCAGAUGAUAACUUAAGAACGCUUAUGCCUAGGAUCAUGAAACUUGAUAGAUAGAUUGAUCAGGACUCGCAGAUGACCCCUAUUGAUUUUCAGGUCACUAGGUCAAAGGUCAAGGUCACAGUGACAAAAAACAUAUUCACACAAUGGCUGUCACUACAACGUAGAGCCCAUAUGGGGGGCAUGCAUGUUUUACAAACAGCCCUUGUUUAUAGAUAAAUUAGAAGGUAUAAAAUUCAGUAUAAUUAUAGACUUAGAGUAACCAUUAUAAGUUCCACUUAAUUUUUCAAUAUUUAUGUCCCCCUUUGAAGAAGAAGGGGUAUAUUGUUUUGCUCAUAUCGGUCAGUCGGUCCGUCGGUUGGUCGGUCCAUUGGUCCGUCCACCAGAUGGUUUCCGGAUGAUAACUCAAGAAAGCUUACGCCUAGGAUCAUGAAACUUCAUAGGUACAUUGAUCAUGACUCGCAGAUGACCCCUGUUGAUUUUCAUGUCACAAGGUCAAAGGUCAAGGUCACAGUGACUCGAACCAGUAAAAUGGUUUCCGGAUGAUUACUCAAGAACACUUACACCUAGGAUCAUGAAACUUCAUAGUUACAUUGAUCAUGACUCGCAGAUGACCCCUAUUGAUUCUCAGGUCACUAGGUCAAAGGUCAAGGUCACGGUGACUCGAACCAGUAAAAUGGUUUCCGGAUGAUAACUCAAGAACGCUUACGCCUAGGAUCAUGAAACUUCAUAGGUACAUUGAUCAUGACUCGCAGAUGACCCCUAUUGAUUUUCAGGUCACUUGGUCAAAGGUCAAGGUCAUGGUGACUCAAACCAGUAAAAUGGUUUCCGGAUGAUAACUCAAGAACGCUUACGCCUAGGAUCAUGAAACUUCAUAGGUACAUUGAUCAUGACUCGCAGAUGACCCCUAUUGAUUUUCAGGUCACUAGGUCAAAGGUCAAGGUCACAGUGACUCUAACCAGUAAAAUGGUUUCCGGAUGAUAACUCAAGAACGCUUACGCCUAGGAUCAUGAAACUUCAUAGGUACAUUGAUCAUGACUCGCAGAUGACCCCUAUUGAUUUUCAGGUCACUUGGUCAAAGGUCAAGGUCAUGGUGACUCAAACCAGUAAAAUGGUUUCCGGAUGAUAACUCAAGAACGCUUACGCCUAGGAUCAUGAAACUUCAUAGGUACAUUGAUCAUGACUCGCAGAUGACCCCUAUUGAUUUUCAGGUCACUAGGUCAAAGGUCAAGGUCACAGUGACUCUAAAUAGUAAAAUGGUUUCUGGGUGAUAACUCAAGAAUGCUUACGCCUAGGAUCAUGAAAAUUCAUAGGUUCAUUGAUCAUGACUGGCAGAUGACCUGUAUUAAUUUUCAGGUCACUAGGUCAAAGGUCAAAGUCACAGUGACUCAAAACAGUAAAAUGGUUUCCUGAUGAUAACGCAAGAAUAAUGAGGCCUAGGAUAAUGAAACUUCAUGGGUACAUUGAUCAUGACUGGCAGAUGACCCCUAUUGAUUUUCAGGUCACUAGGUCAAAGGUCAAGGUCACAGUGACAGAAAACGUAUUCACACAAUGGCUGCCACUGCAACUGACAGCCCAUAUGGGGGGCAUGCAUGUUUUACAAACAGCCCUUGUUUUGAAUUGAAAUUGUAAAUAACACAGAACUUUUUAUGCUGCCCCCCCCCCCCCAAAAAAAAAUGGGGGGAGCAUAAAGUCGCCGCUUCGUCUGUCCAUGUGUCCGUCCAUCCGUGAACAACUUUUGUCCGGGCUAUUUCUCAGCAAUUAAUGACCGGAAUUCAAUUAAACUUUAUGGGAAGCUUCACUACCAAAAGGAGAUGUGCAUAUUAUCAGCCAGUUCUGGUCGGAUGAUUUUUCACAGAGUUAUGGCCCUUUGAAAUUCUCCAUUAAUGGUACAUAUAGUGCAAUUCUUGUCCUGGCUAUUUCUCAGCAACUAAUGACUGGAAUUCAAUGAAACUUUAUGGGAAGCUUCACUACCAAGAGGAGAUGUGCAUAUUAUCAGCCAGUUUUCGUCAGAUGAUUUUUCACAGAGUUAUGACCCCUUGAAAUUUUCGAUUGUACAUAUAGUGCAAUUCUUGUCCGAGCUAUAUCUCAGCAACUUAUUACGGGAAUUCAAUGAAACUUUAUGGGAAGCUUCACUACCAACAGGAAAUAUGCAUAUUAUCAGUUAUGGUCGGAUGAUUUUUCACAGAGUUAUGGCCCUUUGAAAUUUUCUAUAAACUGUACAUAUAGUGCAAUUCUUGUCUGGGCUAUUUCUCCCCAACUACUGACUGGAAUUCAAUGAAGCUUUAUGGGAAGCUUAACUACCUUGAGGAGAUGCGCAUGUUAUUUGUGGGAUCUGGUUAGAUGAUUUAUUUAGAGAGUUAUAGCCCUUUGAAAUUUUUAAGUUGCUAAACCAUACAUCGUAUUAUUUUGUCCAAAGUUAUGCUCCUCAAGAUGUUUCCUUUUAUCUGAAUAUAUAGUGCAAUAUUGUGACAAAAUAAACUUUGUGGAGCAUCACCCGUUUCCGACGGUUUCUUGUUUCAAAUGUGAUGAAAACACAUUUUUAACUCGUUCCAAAUUAAAAAAUAUUGAAAAGAAUUUCUAUUUUUUUAGCAUUUUAUGAUAAAAUGUCUUACAAUUACUAAUCAGAACUAAAUCUUGUAAAAAAAAAAAUACAUCUUACUUGAAAGUGCCACAUUGGUAUAUUUUGGAUAGGUUCGCAUUUUAUUACCUAAUUUUUUACUUCAAAAUCAGCUUUAUGUGUAAAUAAAAUAAACAAACAAUAUUAGCAUAUAAUAUUGGCAUGGAAAGAAUCACAGCAUACAAAUAAUGAGUUUUAUUUACAGAUAUAUUUGUUGUUUGUUAUUAUAGGUUUUAGUUGUGUACUAAAUUCAAUUUUAUGUUUUUAAACAUUAAGUUCCUUUUUGUUUUCCAGUUUGGUUGGUCUUAAAUACAGUAAAUUAGCCCUUAUUUAAAUAAAUCUUUGAAAUCAAAAUUUUAUUUUGAUAAUUUGAUUAAGCCAAAGAAAGGUCUGGGUUGAAUUGGUAUGUUACUAUUGUUUGUUUGAGGACAGCGCAGAUUAUUUAGAAUUAUUACCAAAGGACUAAAUUUAAAUAACUUCUUUCAUUUGUAUGGUUUUAAAUUCAUGCUUAAAUGCAAACACAUAGAUUGUUCUUACUAGAUCAAAGAAAUUAACAUGACAUAACGAACAGUGAUAUGUUAAUUAUCUUGUAAAUGAUUAAUGGAAACUUAGUCUAGUUACAUUAGUGUUUAAUUAAUGCCUUGUAUUUUUUUUACUUUUGUUCAAUAUUAACUGUUAAAUGGCGCCCAUUUUAUGCUUUGCAUCAAUGGCCUUGUUGUUUGAUACAUGUAUUAUCAAGGAUUGCAAGUACUUUUUCUGUUUAAUUUUGGUCUUAGCCUUGAGGAUUGAAUGUUUUAUGACGGUAUUUGAAGUUUGUACAGUUACUCAAACUUUUUGUUUAACAAUAUGUGUAGGGUAUGUCACACAUGAUAGAUACAUUCAUUGUGUUGUCCAUGUUUACUUUGUCCCUGCAGUGUUAAUGAUGCAAUAUAGUAGUACUUAAC